ACUGGGAAUCUGCAAUUAGACUUGGUGUGCUGGAUUGUGGGGAAGAAGAGAACUACGAGACGUGCAAAGAAUAUGGUAUUCACUACUACCCAACGUUCAGGUUCUUCAAAGCGUUUACAAAGCAGUUUACUACUGGAGAAAAUUACAAAGGAGCAGAUCGAGAGCUGCAAACAGUGCGUCAGAUGAUGAUUGACUUCUUACAGAACCACUCCCAAGAGCUGAGACCUCCUGCUUGCCCGCCGCUAGAUCCCGUUCCGUCCAGUGAUAUCACGUCUCUUUUUGACAAGAGCAGCCAUCAUUAUACUGCCAUUGUGUUUGAAAGUAAUAACUCCUAUGUUGGACGAGAGGUUAUUUUAGACUUGAUCCAGUAUGAAAACAUCAUUGUAAAGAGAGUAUUGAAUUUUGAUAAGCCUUUUCUUGAGAAACUUGGUAUUACCUCAGUCCCUUCGUGCUACCUGAUGCACCCUAAUGGGUCCCAUGGAUUAAUUAACAGUUUGAAGCCUCUACGGUCUUUCUUUUCUUCGUAUUUAAAGUCACUGCCAGGUGUAAGAAAAAAACUUCUUUUGCCACUUCAGCUGCCUGCUCAAGAAAACAAAGAGGAGAGUACAGAAACCAAGGUGUGGAAAGAGUUCGAUAAAGCUAAGCUGUACAUGGCUGACCUUGAAUCGGGAUUGCAUUACCUGCUCAGGGUAGAGCUUGCUACACACAAGACACUUGAGGGAGCUGAGCUAAAGACCUUCAAGGAUUUUGUUACUGUCUGUGCCAAGCUUUUUCCUGGCCGUCAGCCUGUUGUAAAGUUGUUAGAGACCUUGCAAGAGUGGCUGGUGAGCCUUCCAUUAGACAAAAUCCCUUAUGAUGCUAUCCUAGAUCUUGUCAACAACAAAAUGCGGAUUUCUGGGAUAUUUCUCUCUAGGAAGGUUCAAUGGGUCGGGUGUCAGGGCAGCAGACCCGAGCUGCGGGGUUAUACCUGUUCCCUUUGGAAGCUGUUUCACACCCUCACCGUUCAAGCUGCGCUGCAACCAAAGGCCUUGAUACAUACAGGUCUUGAAGACAAUCCCCAAAUAGUACUUCAGGUCAUGCGGAGAUACAUUCAGCACUUUUUUGGAUGCAAGGCUUGUGCUCAGCAUUUUGAAGAAAUGGCUAAGGAGUCUAUGGAUUCCAUUAAAACCUUUGACAAGGCUGUUCUCUGGCUCUGGGAGAAACACAACGUCGUGAAUAACAGGCUUGCAGGUGCUUUGACUGAAGAUCCAAAAUUUCCCAAAGUUCAGUGGCCAACUCCAGACAUUUGUCCUACAUGUCAUGAAGAAAUCAAAGGAUUACACAGCUGGAAUGAAGCCCAAGUUCUACAGUUCAUGAAGUAUCACUACAGCAGUGAAAAUAUUCUAUAUAAAUAUGCUGAAAGCCAGACAGACUCCAGUGAAACUGAACAGGGGGAUACAAGGGAGGGGAAAGACAAAAGCCUACUGAAGAAACCAAGUGGAAACAGAGAAAAUAAGAUCCAGGAUAAAGAAAACACACUUGAUUCAGAAUCUAAGGUGUUAGAUAAGCUAAUAGCAAAUCAUGGACCUGUCAAAGAUAGCGAUAAAAGCGCGGUUCGGUCAGGCACCCUUAAAGAGGCAAAGCAGGCCGUGUCCUUCUUGGGGAUUGGAUUUUCCAACAUAGACAUGAGUCUGUGUGUCAUUCUGUACGUAGCCUCAUCCUUGUUUCUGAUGAUAAUGUACUUUUUUUUCCGAAUGAGAUCCAAACGGUGGAAAGUGAAGUAUUACCGGUCAUCGGCUUAG